GUUCAUCAUGGGGGAAAACAGUUAAGGAAGGGUGAAGUGAAGUGACGUUUGGACGGUUAAUAAGGCCUCAACGAUCAAAUUCAUCUUAUAGAGAAUUUGACACCAUGUUGGUUCCACAGAACAAAUGAAAUAAAUAAAAGUUCAAUAAUACAUUAGCCAAUAAUCAAAUGCUUAUUUUCAUUGACUAAAUCCUCAAUCUGCUAAGUAUUUUGAGUUGAAAAAUGUAGCUAGCAGGUAAAUAAUCUUUGCACGUAAAAAAUAAAUUAUUCAUUUAUUCAUUCAUUACAUAAAUAUAGAAAAAUAUUUUUUAGUAUUUGUGUGAGAAUGUGAUGGCUUGAUAAUGGUGUCUCCUGACAACUUAUUCUACAUGCAUGGGUACAAGGAUGGCUAACACACCUGAUGAUGAUACUGUUCCUUUGUUGAGAGAUUGCGUAAGUGGCUGCGCGAAAUGAUGUUACGGGCCAGGUCAUGCCCGUGUAUCACCAGUUGGCCGUCCUUGUAUUAGAGAGUCUGCCACAGAAACGUAAUAUAAUUUAUUUAUUUAUCAUCUUUAUCGGUGGCGAAGUUAAGGCGAUAUUCCUUUUCUUACACUUAACAACAUUAAACAUUUACAUUUCUCUGGACUAACAUUGCAUAUUAGAAAAAUGAAAUAAUAAAGCAUAGCAAAAUAAUACUUAAUAUAAAACAUUUUGAAUGUAAACUAAAUAUACAAAGAUAAACAUAAAACUAGUUUGUGUUUAACUCGAGAUUUGGCAUACACAACGUGCUGAAACAGAAUUACAGGUUGAGAGACAUCUGUUGCCAAUACGAUAUAGUAUUACAUUAAUACCAUUCUUGUACACAUCGAGACACACGUUCUUACAGCAGAUAAGCCUCUGAGUGGAUCGUGCUGAGUAGGUGUUACAGAUGUUUCUCCGGCCUGGUUGAAAGUGGCCAGGUUAUUAGGUUGCCUCGUCUCCAGGACCAGUUUCUAAACAUGCUUCACUCAAGUUUGCGUGUGCUGAACCUGCUAUGGACACAGUUACCAGACGUGUUUGGAGUGCCUCAUCCAGUGGGGGUUUUUUGGCCGGAGUUAUUUAAGUAGUUGGGGAUGUUGUGCACCCAAGUUUAAGACCAUGUUUUACUGAUGUCGCUGAACCUAUUUCUGCCUAGUUGUCUCACAACAUAUCAGUCUAAUAACAGAGUUUAGUAAUUAUUAUUUUUUUUUAAAUAAUCAUGAAUUAUUCUAAUUAAUAUAUUACGUUGUAUUUGUAUGUUUGAAGGUGUUUUUAGGUUUAUGGUGUUACAAAUUGUAAAAAAAUACUUUCAAGCUGAAUUAUAUAGGUUAUAAAAUAUUUGGACACAUUUCUAACAAUGUAGAUGAUUGCUGUUGCGUGAAAUGGCUUGAGCUGCAUGAGAGAGGGUUGAAUAUUCCAUCCUUGCAUAUUCAUCCAUUAGUACUGAGUGUUCACAUUGACUUGCUCCACGACAAUUACUUGUGAAUGUAGUUGGCGCGAACUUUUGCGAGCUCUGUGAGGACUGAUUGCUAUAAUCUCUCCUCGACGCACAGGAAACAGGAAAAGCCUCUUGUGAUAAGAGCUGCGUAGGCAUUAUGUAACUUGCUUAUCUACCAUUGUGCUCAGAGUUUCCGUACUGUACGUGGACCGAUACUGUCUCUGGACUUCAGCAAUAGCUUGGGACGAUAUUUUAAGGCGGAGAGCUGCGGACAUGACCGGGGCGAGAUGCUGGAGAUAGCGGUCCUCUGCGUCCUGGGCGUGGUCUCCUUCGUCCUGCACACCGUCGCGACGAGGGCGGAGGCGACCGCGGACUCCACCUCCAACGCCUCGUUCCUCCAACUGCAGCGCAAGUUCUUCCUCGUGUACUUCCUGGCGACGUUCGCCGACUGGCUGCAGGGGCCGUACGUGUACAAGCUGUACAGCCACUACGGCUACUCCGAGGACCAGAUCGCGGUGCUGUACGUGGCGGGCUUCGCGUCCAGCGUCACCUUCGGCACCCUGGUGGGGGCGCUGGCGGACCUGUUCGGCCGCAGGAGGCUGUGCGUCGUCUACGGCGUCCUCUACUCGGCGUGCUGCCUGACCAAGCUCACCCGCAACUACCAGGUGCUCCUGGCGGGCCGCGUCCUGGGCGGGAUCAGCACCUCCAUCCUCUUCUCCACCUUCGAGGCGUGGUACGUGCACCAGCACGUCGAGAAGUGCUUCUUCGACGUCGCCUGGACCAGCCGGACGUUCAGCAAGGCCACCUUCUACAACGGGCUGCUGGCCAUCCUGGCGGGCGUGGUGUCCAACCUCGCGGCCGAGUGGCUGGGCCUGGGCCCCCUCUCGCCCUUCCUGCUGGCCGUGCCGUGCCUCGCGCUGGCGUCCGUGCUCGCCCGGUCCACCUGGCAGGAGAACAGCCUCAAGCCGGCCCGGGGCCCGGGCGUGUGCCGCGCCCUCCGCGUCAUCUUCGCGGGGGGCGACGCGUCGCUGCUGCUCCUGGGGGCGGUCCAGUCCCUGCUGGAGUCCGUCAUGUACGUGUUCGUGUUCCUGUGGACGCCCGUCCUGGAGCCCGUGCGGCCGCCGCUCGGCAUCGUGUUCUCCUGCUUCAUGGUGUGCAUCAUGGUGGGCUCGUCCCUGUACUCGCUGCUGCUGGCUCGUGGCUGGCGCGCCGACCAGCUGCUCACGGCGUCCCUGGCGCUGGCCUUCGUCGCGCUGGCGGCGAGCGCGCUGGCCAGCGCCCGCGCCCACGCCCGGGCCUGCUUCGCGGCGUUCCUGCUGUUCGAGGUGGCCGUGGGGGCCUACUACCCCGCCAUCACGUACCUGCGCAGCGAGGUGGUGCCCGAGGAGCUCCGCGCCGGCAUCAUCAGCUGGUUCCGCGUGCCCAUGAACCUGCUGACCUGCGCCAGCCUGCUGUGGCUGAGGCAGGGCCACGGCGCGGUCGGCUCCAGCCACGUCGCCUUCUCGGCGUGCGCCUGCUUCCUGCUGCUCGCGAGCGCCCUCAGCAGGUACUUCUCCGUGCUGUUCCGGGGGAAGACGCAGGCCGCGAGGCAGGCCCCGGGCGCCCUCGAGGCCCUCUGACCAACCAUCGCCAUCACUCAGUUCUAACAUGUACUUCCCCAUUUGUCCUCGGAGUUUGUCGAGUAAGUUUAAGAUACAUUUCACUUUAAGUAUACAUAUUUUCGUCAGAAAAAGGGGAAGGCCAACUGUGCAUUAGUUUUUUAAAAAAAUAAUUCCUUAGCCUCCCAACGUUUGCUUACCAACGCAUAGUCACAAGUUUUAAUUGGUUUGACCGUGCAGUUACGUUCCGUACCUCAAACGAGGAGAAGUUGUGUUUGAAAUUUUUAAGUGUUAGGUUUUCAAUCUAAAAUGAAUAGUAGCCUCACUGCUAAUUCCGUGGCACGUCGCAAGUCGUUAGUACUUAACCUGAACAUGAUAGUUCGCUAGCCACCGCUGGUUUGUCAGCAAAUAACCUGCUUUAUUUCAUACUUUUCCCAGGUAUGUUUAUGAUACUGGCCGUAAAUGUAGAGUGACAUAAUUGUACGUUGCACCCAGGGGCGCAACAACUAAAUUUCCAAAGGGGGGGGCAAUAUACCUUUUUAUAACAAAUCAUUGGUCCCCCCCCUAUUGAAGCAGGGGGUCCGGGGGUCGUCCCCCGGGAAAAUUUGUAUUUCAAGGUGGUUAAGCAGUUUUAUCAUCUAAAAAUUGAUUACACAGCAGUUUCUUUGCCCCCGUUUGCCCCCACUUCAAGGUUUCAGAGGGGGGGGGGGGAAAUACCCUUGCCCCCCGCCCCCCCACCUGUUGUUGCACCCCUGGUUGCACCCCAAUUAUCAAAUCUUCAAUUUACUUCAAAUGUACAUCUUAGAAUUGAUGAAAUUCAACAAAUGGAGAACAUCAAUUAUGAAUCCAAAAAAAAUAUGGUAUCUUAAAAUCGAAUAAAUUCUUUACUUUCUGGUUUUUGCCAUCAUAACAUUGUAUUUGUUGUUCCUUGUACUAUACAGUAUUUAUUUAGUUUAAGGAAGUUUUCUAUUUUGUUAACGUGCAUUAUUUAAAAUAUUUGUCUCUUUUUUUUUGUUAGGUUAUUAAAAAUUAUUAUUUCAUUUGAUAAUCCAUUAGAAAAAUUUAUUUAAAAAAAAAAUGUACAUAUUGGAAGUAUUUAUGUUAUUGUGAUAACAUUGUUGCUUUUGUAUCUUUUGAAGUUCAUUAGCUCAUGAUUAGUAAUUAUUUGUAGUGUGAUAAUUGUAUCCAAAGAGAGUGCUUUGAUUAAUGAAUUUAUGAGCACAGUUUUUUUGUGAUAUAUGGUAACCUAAAAUUUAUUAUUGUUGAGUUUUUAAUGUAUAAAAUGCUUUUAAAAUAAGAAUUGGGUGAAACUGAAUUAUGAAAAGGUUGGUUAGACCCUCUGCACGUUAGAUAUUAUUGUUUCAUUAUCAUAGUUUGCAACUCUCUUCAAAAUGUGAAAUGUUUGACUUUUGUGUUUGUAUUUGUUGAGAAGAAUAAUGUUACAAACACUUAAUAGCUGGUUUGCUAUACGGAUAGUAUCGGUACACUGAAACACAAAACUCAACUAUUGUACUUAAGUAAACUGACAUAACCUCAAUUAGCUUAUGAGAGUACGUAAUUUAAAAUAUUGCUGUUAAAACUGAAAGACAUGAAGUUGGAUGUAGAGGUAUUAUGUAUAAUUAAUUGAUCAAAUAUAAUUUGACCAUAAUAUUAGUUUCAACACAAUUUUAUGGAAAUAAAAUGGUUAAGAUAAAUGUUCCUCAUUGCAAGAAUUAUAAUAAUAGUUGUAAAGAAUAAUAGCAAAAAAUGUUUAUAAUACAGUAAAAUAUGAUUUUCAUUGAAGGACAAAUUUAACCUUUAUUGGGCCAAGUCAAUAUCAUUCGAUUUAGGAUUAUUUUUUCCUUCAUAUUUAAUGCUUCCUUCUAGUAAAAAUAAAAGAACUACACUGUAUUAUUGUAAUCGGUACACAAUUAUGAAACUAGUCGGUAAUACAGUUUUAAGGUAUUAUCUAUGCCUGAGUGUUUGUGAUGUAUCUGAAGCAGUUAUGCUUUGAAAAGUUAAUAGUAUGAGUUUCCAUUGUGUGUUUAUAGGGUUGAGACUGUUUAAUUCGGGAGUUGUCAAGUUACAGAUCAUGAAUUUUGUGUGUGGCUCAUAUUAGUUGGUUUUACAUAGUGUUGAAUAUGACUUUUAUCGUUGAAAAUUCUCAUGUAGUCGCAUUAUGUGGAAGUUGCAGCAUUCUUUAAUGUUGUGAUUUUUUUUUGUGCAGCAGUAAUUUAUUUAUUUCCACGCGUACAUCUUGUCCCCUUUCUCGACAUUGAGCCUAUGCAGAUUUCGAAGGUUCAUCUGGAAGUAAUUCUUCAACGUUUCUCGUCAUCGGGGGAAUUCGAGGUUGAAUUUGAAUAUGAAGCCUGCUGCUGUCGGGCUAAGCAGUCCACCUCACUGUCCUGUACCAUGUUCCCCACCACAUCGUACUCCGCAACUGAACUGCUACAUUCUCCGAUUGCUUUUACGACCAGCGAGUUUCAUGCAAGCAUUUUCUAGUAAAACCACCAACAGCCACAUUUUGCCCUCUGGCUUUGUCUGCAUGUACAGCAAAAAAUUUUUUGACUGCUUUCGAGCACUUUAGAUUUUGUCUUGCCGUGAAAUUUAUUCGUUGUUGGCUUGGUUUUGUCGCUAAGAAGUCGUUCAGAGCGAAAAUUACACCACUUUGUAGACAUCCCUCUGACUGCGUUUUGUGAAAUGUAAGAGAGUAAUGUGCAGUCUCUUUGAAUUCUGUGUUGAGAAUAAUUUAAUUUUUUUCCAUUGUAUGUUAUUCCUUAAUAUUUAUCCGUCAACCAUUGGAUUGCUGUAUUUUUGGCUCUGAAAUUAAGAAAGUAAAAGUAACUUAAGCAUGCGUACAUUUGUAUAAUGGGAUAAAAUGUGUACAUAUACGCAAAUAAACUUUUCUUUUUAUCACAAAUAAAUACAUACAUAAAAUUAUUAUUUUGAGUCAGAAACGUUGCUUGAGAUCUAUGAGACAUCAUUUGUUGACUGCGUCUUGAAUUUUUUUUUUGCGAACAUUCUAGUUGUUGGAUAGUUAGUUGACUGAGAAAACCAGGGUGUGUCUUCGGCACCUUGAGUUGGAGAUGUGUAAGAACGGACUUGAGAUGAUCGCGUGGUUUUCUGCGAGGUGCGGCAUAGGCCUCAAGGUGUAAACAAAGUGUUUUACAACGCUCCUUGGUAGGAUUGCUCUUCGUGAUGGCUUGCUGGUUGGAGAGCCAGCGAGAUGAGGUGUCGGCUGUGAAUCGCGAUCAUGCUCGGCCCUUGCAGCUUGAGGGCUCCCGGGCUGAAGUUUUGACGUAAAAGUGGUGUCCAUAAUCAGUGUCUGGUUUGAAGCAUUUUUUUUUUUGUUCAGUACGAUUGAAACGCAUCUGUGUUCCGUACCAGGUAGUCAAGGAUAAUUUUAAACUUUGAUGUGAGUCGCAUUGCAAUUGCAAUAGUUGUGUUUUUGUACAGAUGAUGUGCUUAGUCUAGUAUUACAAUUUAGGACAUAUGCUAGUUGUAUGCUGUACUUACUUGCCUUGGUAAGAAAUUUAUUUAUGUAUAUAAUACAUAUUGCAUUAUAUUGGGUUUUACAAACUUUGAUCGUGCACCAAAAAUAAAGGCCAACCUAACUGCGCUGGCCUUUGCACCAAUAAGGCUAGGCUCGGUGCUGAAUUUUGGUUGGAUCAUGGUCAGGGUUUACGUCAUCACUGAAACUCCGAGCCAUGUGAUCGCAGCCAGAAGAAGGGUUGUGUUUGGGAGCGAAACUGUUCAUUGCCUAUAAUUUUACUUAUUUUUUUCUUUUGACAGCAAUCUAUGUAGUUUGCACUAACACACAGUGGUGAAGGUUGCAGAAAUACAUACUUUUACAUUCUUACCUUCGUGAGCCAGAUUGCAAGUGAACAAGUGUCACUGUUUGUAAUAUCAACUUUUGAGAAGCCCAUACAAUGUCUGAAUUCUGACAUCUUUGAUGAUUUGAUGUUUUUUUAAUAUGUCUUCCUGUAAGGCUGACUCGGGAGACCGAAUAUAAAUUAGCAGGACAUUCUUCUUCGUCCCGUAGUUAGUGCAAUUGGCUCUCCUAUCCACCCAAUAGCCAGACACUUGAAUAGAAUAAUCCAACCUUUAGAACCCACUCCAAUUAUGCACAGUUCAUUGCGAUUCUUAAACAAGUUUCUCCUCAACUAACACAUCUGGUCAGCUUUGGCGUGGUAUCGCUCCUUCACCAAAGUGCCUGUCUCAGAAGCCCUUCAGAGUUUCCUCGCACGUCUGGGAGAAGACAACCUGAGCAGAGACAUGUGAAGCUCGCAGAACACAGUGUUCCUUCCACUUUUCAAGGAAGGGGCAGAUCUACAAGCAACAGGAAGACACUGCCACGGGCUCACCUCUCUCCCGUCUUAGCCAGCAUCUUCAAGGCCAUUUUCGAAGAGGAAGCAGUAAAUACCGGCCAGCUCAAACCCAAGUGCUGGUACAGGUACCUCUGUUGAUGACACCUUUGUGAUUUGGAGCUGUGGCGAAGAUAAGCUGCAAGACUUCCUGAAACACUUGAAUAGCGUCCAUCCUAAUAUGCGGUUAACCAUGGAGGUGGAAGUGGAUGGAAAAACUGCCCUUUCUGAAUGUCUUUAUGACGAGGGGAGAGAAGAACCACAUAGGUCAGAGUUUACAGAAAGCCAACCCGCAAAGACAGGUAUCUACAAGCCAGUUAACAUCUCCCACCAUCUCAAAAGAGAACAGUUAUUUCCAUUGUGGUUAGCAGAGCAAAUAAGACAAACUUGGUAAAGAGACGACUCUUCAAGCUUAUGGUUACUCGAAAUACGAAAUAAGGAAAGCCAUGAAACCAACUCAAAAACAAAAAAACAGCAACGAUCAUCUUGCUAACAAAGCCUUUAUACCUUACAUUAAAGGAACUUCAGACCAAAUGGCCAGAAUUCUCAGAAAGCACAAAAUAGAAUUUUUAAAGCCGUUAAAUAAGAUUGAGGGGUUCUUGACAUCAGUGAAAGAUAAAACUCCAGGCGAAAGUCUAGCCGGUGUUUACAUUGAUUUCAGGAUUAUGUGGCAAAGUUUACAUACGAAAAAUUAGCAGAUAAAUCAUCACUGAGGUUAAAGAACAUGUCAGUGACUGUAAACAUGAAAACCUAUGAUAAGCCAUAGCAGAAAACACCAUGGAAACAAGCCACAGCAUUGAAUUCGACUAAUUCAGCACCAUAGCCAACAUCUCCCAAAAUAAUAAAAGGUAAAUUUGAGAAGCAGUAGAAAUAUUAAAACACCCAUCAAACAUAAACAAAGAGGAUGGAUACAAAUUAAGUAGAAUAUGGGACCCACUCUUCAGAAAUCCUCAAAACCUAGCGCUGCAUCAAAAAAAAAAAAAAAAAAGACGGUCACUGAUUGGUUAGCAGCCCCAGCUAAACACAGAAGCCCAGCUCCGAUUGACCAAACCAACCAGCCAACCAGAUAAAAAGAAAGGCUGUGAUUGGCCCUAAGCUGCAGCCAAUCAGGAAACUGUGCCUUCUCAGGCGAGAAUAUAUAAAGCAGGAGAAUUUAGUAGGUAACUGCCACCCAAAACAGAGAAAUCUCCACCUUCGACGUGAAUUCAGUAUUGUUAUGCAAAUGAACUUUUUUUUUUGUUUGCUUUUUAGUUUUUAGAACAGGUGGGAAUGUUGAAUCAACACACUUGUAGUUUGUAGCCACCUGUGCAAGGAAAGAGCCUAAAUUUGUUGUUCAUGGAAAAAAAAAUUGGUGCUAAAUAUGAAAAAUAUUUGUUUGUGGAAUGUUUCAUUAGUUAACUUUUUACUAAUUUAUUUUAAUGUGUCCAUUGUAUUGUAGAUUGUGCUUUUCGCAUAAAUUGUUUUGCUAACUAACUCCAGCAUGCUCGAAGCACAAAACUGUGGUAAUUAAAAAAAUCUGUGUACCAAAGUUUGUAAUUGUGUAAUUUGUUGAUGUUGUUGAUAAAAUCUUUAUGUUUAAUUAUUAAACUCAAUUAAUUUGUCUUGUCAUCUUAUAGUAUGUAUGAUCUUAACAUGUGUUGCACUGGUACAUACUGCUUAAUCCCUGUUGUAUGUAACUAUACAGUAUUACGUUCGCAAUAACCAAAACAUCACUUACUUUUAGGUAUUGUACCUAUACCAUACUUUUAAAUUUGAUAAGGAAAAAAAAAAGGAUUUCUUAAAUCAAUUUCUUUUAAGGUUUUUUGAGAAAAAAGCUGUGUACACAAAAUUUUGUGUGAUAGAAAAAAAUCUUGCUUGAAUUGUUUGUGUCAUUGUUCGACAAAAAAAAAUGGUAUCCGGAUGGAAAAAAAAAUCUUGCUUUUGUUUUUAUUUUUGAUUGCUCGACAAUUCUUCCCAUGUCUACUUUAAAUCAACACAAGCACUUAGCUCUAAUGCUUUGAGUCUCUCUCUAAUGGUGCUGUAGACUAAGAUAGUUAUCAACUCAAACUGUUAUUUAGCAACUUGUGAAAUAUUUUUGUAAGUAAUUUUUCAUCUUUGUUUAGCAGUUUGUUUUAUUCAGAACUCUGAUAAAAGCAUUAUGCAAAAUCAGCUGAAUAUUCACUGUGCUGUGUGAGUUUAUCUGUCGUUGGUUUAGUGGCCAUGUGUUUAUAUUCUAUAGUACAUUCCAACUAAGUUGAAAACUUGGAAUUACCUUCAUGAAACUAUCCUGGUCCAUCCAAACAAGGCUAGACGAACAUCUCUGGCAGUUGGAAACACACUAACUUAACCCUUAUGACUAAAAUAAAACACAAAAAAAAGAUAUCAAAAAGCUGAAAUUAAAUCCUCGGUACAAGUGCAUUUCAUAAACAUUAGUUCGAAAUUUGAAGAUUAAAUAUUCCAGUCAUGCUAUAUUCAGUUACACAGUUGUAUUAAAGUGUUUUUAUAAGGAGUCAUGUUGUAUAGCGGCAAAUAUUGUAGAACGAUAAUAUGGGAAAUUCUGGCCAAUUAUCAUUGGCGCAGCGGGAAACAAUUUACUGCAUUGUUCUCAAGCUAUUUUCACUUCAUGCCGCUAGAUGCUAUUACUCUCAUGCACUUAAAACACAUUGUAAAAAAACGUAUUUACUCUCCACGCUGCCAGGUUUGCUGACAUCACUUGUCUCACGUAUUUUUUAUGAGUUUCCAAUGUUGUACCUACCGUAUUACAAUAUUUGAUAGCAGGAAUGAGUAUUUUUAACAGUAACUGCAUGAAUAGAGAAUAUAAGCACUUAGAAACAUAAUUAUUGGAAGAAAAAGAAAGCGCAUGUGUAACACAAUUCACGUGAUGGAAGUGAAACGUCUUUUGCACUUAUAUCUCUUUGGCCAAGUACCUAUUCUAUUUCUUUUUUGCUUCAUAAACGUUUCAAAACAGUGUUUCAUGAAAACGUUGCAUUACAAUUCGGCCUUGGAAUUUUACUCUCGUAGUGCCCAAAACUGUUUCACUUCAAAAACUUAGAAACCAUGUUACUUGGAGGUUUUUUGUGUAUGUGUGUAGAGUGUAUCCUAUAAUUUAGGAAUGACUAGUGAGAAUAUUUUACAUUAUUUUUAAUUGGAAUGUAGGAACUGUUAAAGAAUGUGAUAUUGCAAAUGCUGGUAUUUUGUUGGUGUAAAGAUUUAUGAUAGAAAAAGAUGAAUUGUUUAACAAUAAUUGCAUGUUUUAAAGUCCCUUGAUUAUCAUCACAUAUUGUUUGCAGCAAGUUAAUAUAUUUUAAAUUUUAGUAUUAGUAUUAAUAGCUAGGUAUCUGUGUUGCUACUUGUCAAUAGUCUUAUUGUUGAAGGUGCUGAAAUAUUAAUUAUUCCUUGUAUUCUUCAUAUUUUAAUAAAAACAUCUAUGUAUAUGUACAAAAAAAAAUUGGCAGUGAACACUUUUGUGAUAGCUUCAAGUUUUGUGCAAAAAUUUUUUGGUCUGCUGGUAGAUCAAACAAAAUAUGUACAGUAUUUUUUGUUUUCGUGUAUUCAAUUUAUCAUAUUAAAAAAAUCUCUGUGACUGUCAAA